UGUGUGUGUGUGUGUGUGUGUCCACCUUGUCUGGGUGUGUCCCUGUUAAAGCAGGUUCUGCCGCCUUUUCUCUUCUGUGUCUGUUGGAACAUUGAAUCGUCCGGAUGGAUUUUCUCCGCUGUGAAUCUCUUCUGCUUUUUCUGUGUGUGAUCGGAUGCUGCGCGGGGCAGGACAUCCUGCCCGACGGCCCGGUGGACGCGGUUCUGGGCCGGGACCUGGUUCUGGCGACCCUGUUUCAUGAGAAGCCUGACUACUCCUUCAUGAUCUGGAGCUUCAACGGCGGCAGCGAGCCGGUUUCCGUCGCCACCCUGGGAGCGACGUCGGGGCUGACUGUCAACCCGGACUAUGAGGGGCGGGUGUCGGUGAACGCGACCAACGGUUACCUGAGCUUGACGUCACUGAAGUCGGAGGACACCGGGGACUACAGCUUCACCAUUGUGUCCACCAAAGGAGUCACGAAGACUGCUGAGAUUAAACUGCGAGUCCUGAAGCCGGUGUCUGACGUGGUUGUCAGGUCCGACCUGCCAGAGGCCGUGGAACACAACAGCACCGUGACGCUCACCUGCUCGGCUCAGGGCUCCUUCCUCACCUUCACCUGGAAGAACGACUCCGCCCCCAUCAAGGCCGACGGCAAACGGCUCACGCUUAAAGAUGAGGAGACGUCCAGCACACUGACCGUCUCAGCUGUUCUCAGGUCAGAUCUGAUUGGUCCCAUCACCUGCACAGCUGCUAACAAACUGGAGAAAGAGACCAGCGCACCCUUCAACCUCACUGUUCACUACGGACCAGACAAAGUCGUCCUCUCUCCUCCAAACUCGCCUCAGUUCAUCAGAUCUGGCUCCAACUUCAGUCUCUCUUGCUCCGCCUCCUCCAGUCCGGCCGCCACCUUCGUCUGGUUCCGGAACCAGACGGCGUUUGAGGCGUCUGGACCCGUCCUCACUCUGGAGAUGAUCCAGAAACUGGGAUCAGGGAACCAGGUGGAAGAAUACACAUGCAGGGCGAAGAACACCAAGACGCAGCGCAGCGUCUCCUCUCUGGCGGUUUCCUUCGCUGUGAUGGACGCCGUCUCCGGCACCAGAAUCAUCGGCCCGGACGUGACGCUCAUCGCUGGCAACAGCACAGUCAACCUGAGCUGCCAGGCGACGGCCGGCACCGUGAAGACCCGAACCUGGUUGAAAGACGGCAAACCCGUGUCCGCCAGCUCCCGCCUGGUGUUCUCCGCCGACCAGAGCUCCAUUAAGAUCGACCCGCUGCAGAAGGAGGAUGGCGGACAGUACACGUGCCAGCUCGCCAACCCCAUCAACACUGACCACGCCUCCUUCAACAUGGUGGUCAACUUCGGUCCUGAACCAGCUGUGGUCGUGGGCGAAGAGGCCGUCGAGGUGAACGACCCAGUCAAGCUCACUUGCUCAGCGUCUUCGGUCCCGCCUGCCAACUUCACCUGGAAGUUUAACGGCACAGUGACCCCUGAGAAAACGGCGCAGUACACCAUCAAGACGGCCGUUUACAAGAACACCGGAAUGUACACGUGUGAGGCGCACAACGCCAUCACCGGCAAGACCGCCACGUACAGCCACAAGCUGUCCGUCAAAGAGGAGGGAGCGUUGGACGAAGGUCUCUCAGACGGCGCCAUCGCUGGAAUCAUCAUCGCUGUCCUAGUCGCUCUCGCCGCCGCCAUCGGUUUGAUCGUCUACUGUCGACAGAAAGUUCCGGUCGAGUCUCCGUAUUAACGUCGUCCUGCAGACUGAUGGAGAUGCUGCCCCCAAACAUUCAACCAUUUGGUUUCCCAUGAUCCAUCUGUGCAGCCGGGAGGGGCGUCACCUAUUCUCUCUCUCUCUCUCUCAGAGGGAACCUCAUUUAAAUGAUGAAUCGGACAGUGUUUGGAUCAUCACCUCCUCGUCUCUCCUCCUUCUCUUCCUCUCUCCUCCUCCCCCCUCUCGUCAUCUUCUCUCCUACUCCUCUGUCCUCCCCCUCUCUCCUCUUCUUCCUCGCUCCUCCUCCUCCCUACUUCUAUCUC